AUGGACUUUCAACAUUUUGCGCCGCAGAUCGACAAGAUCCCCAAGCUGAAGCCGAAAGAAGUCGCUUCCAUCGCCUUUUGGAAUACCGUCCGCGACAACUUUACCAUCUCAACAUGGAUCGCCAUGGGAGCCGUCCUCCAGGGCCUCCUGCUCCUCUUCGCGCGGCCUACCUUUGCCGUCGCCCCAGCAGCUCUCUUUCUGCUCUUCCGAUUCACGCGCACGAUGCUCAUGCAUUGGGGUCUCAUUGCCAACACGCAGAUGCAAGACGUUCUCAUGGGCAAAUAUACCGUACAGAUCCCGAACGUGGACGGCAGCCCCCCGAGUGAAGUCGCCGACAAGGGCAUUGCAAUUAUCAUGCUGGGCGUGAGGAACAACCAUGCAUUGGGCUUGUUUGGAUCAGGCGCCAAGGACAUCUUCCUCUUCUUCAAGGCGAUGAUGCAGGCCCUCCACGACGACAAGGAGAGCGGCUUCCUCGGCGCAUCUUACUACAGAAGUGCCAAUGAGCGUUUGACAUCCAACGGCUUCAUGACGUGCUGUUACUUCCGAACCGUCGAGGACAUCCAUCGAUUCGCCCACUCUCCCGUCCACCGCGAGGGCUGGAACUGGUGGAACAAGGUCACCGACACGCAUCCGCAUCUGAGCAUCAUGCAUGAAAUCUACGACACGCCGAAGAAGCAGUGGGAGAAUAUCUUUAUCAACUAUCACCUCACGGGCAUUGCAGGCAAAAUGGCGAGGCCGGUCGUUAUCAACGGACAAGAGUACACGCCUAUUGCGAACGCUGCUAAAGGGCCGCUGAGUACACACAAGGGACGUUUGGGCAAGCCAGGACAAGGCGACCUUGAGAAGGAAUAUCUGGCCCAUGCCUACUAA